ACUGACUCAUCUCAUCAUACAAACUGAAGUCACAAGUUCUCCCUGUUCUUGUAUUUUCUCUUGUACCCCUGGAGCGUCUCCAAGUACCCUGAUGGGUUCAUUUACCCCCAUUUGGGAACACUGUCCUAACUGUAUUAAAGAUGCAAGUUACCCAUAGAAAAGCAGCACAGUGCAGUAAAACCCUGGACACCACAUGCAGUUACAUGCCCUUAUCAAACAAUAACUAACGUAUGUGGGGUAAGUAAUAAGUAAUACUCUGCUGCCAUGACUUAUUUACAGUUCUCUGAUGUUGGGUGACAAAAAUGUGCGAAAGACAGGACAGGGCUGAUUUAUUUGAAAUGUAAGUUUAUAAUGUGACAUUUGGGUAAAUAUGUCAGCGAUAAACAUCUCUAACACAAUGAGUUCUUGUUGCUCUGCAGCUCCACUGUGUAAACUCUCAUUUUCACCUCUGCUCCCAUGAUCCCCUUAAGAAGAAUUACUGAAUUCUGCAGAUUCUUAAAUGCAUCUCACUGGUCCGAAGGAAAGAAAGCAGCAGCUGCAAACCAAUACUCGUCACCGGUCAUCCUGAAAGUCCACAUGGAGGAGUUUAGGGUCAAGUGAUCAGUUAAUGCAUGAUAGCUGGCUACAGACUCUCACACCCACUUGUCUCAAGCAGGGUUUAAACCCCUGGCACCCUUACAGAGCAGGACUUUGGCUUCGUUCUCUCUGCAGAAAACUUCAAGCUUUCCAGCAAACAGCAGCAAACACUCCUCCAUCAUGUCUCUGCUCACCCACCUGUUGGCCUGCCUGUUCGGUAUCGGCUCCUGGGUCUCCAUCAACGGUCUGUGGGUGGAGCUGCCUCUUAUCGUCCCUCAGAUCCCGGAGGGCUGGUACCUGCCCUCGUACCUCUCAGUCCUCAUUCAGAUGGCAAACAUCGGGCCCCUCUCCAUCACUCUGAUGCAUCGCUUCCGGCCGGGUGCCUUGAACGAGACGGCCGUCAUAUAUGUGAUCGUGGGCCUGGGCACCUUGGCCAGUUUCCUGCUGGGUUUCUUAUGGAAGGAGACUGUGGUGGUUGCAGGAGCUCCUCGGAGCGUGGCUCUUUUUGUUUUGACUUUCUUCCUCGCUGCUGUUGACUGCACCUCCUCCGUUACCUUCCUGCCCUUCAUGAUGCGCUUCAAGCCUCAGUAUCUGACCACCUACUUCAUCGGGGAGGGUGUGAGUGGUCUGCUCCCGGCUCUGGUGGCUCUAACUCAGGGCGUCGGGGUUGUUCACUGCAUGAAUGGCACACAGUCUCUGAACACCUCCAACAGUACGCCAGUCUACGAGCUUCUGGCCAAUUAUCAGCCUGCAAACUUCUCAGCUGAGGUCUUCUUCUUCUUCCUCAGUGCCAUGAUGCUUGUCUGCCUGGCGGCUUUCCUGCUGCUGAACUACCACCCUGCCGUGGCCCGGGAGCACCCCAACGGCAGAUACACCAACGGGGUGAAAAACAAAGUUCAGAAAAGCAGGAAGUGGGCCGAGCAGAGACCCAUGAUGGACCCCUACAGACCUGCGAACCAGAACCGUAGAAGCAGCUUCGGCACCGGCUCCUACAGCUGGAUGCAGGUGAUUUACAUCUUCGUGAUUCUGGCCUGGGUGAACGCUCUGACCAACACGGUGCUUCCCUCGGUGCAGUCCUACUCCUGCCUGCCGUACGGAAACAAUGCCUAUCACUUAUCUGCCACCUUGGCUGCGGUGUCCAACCCGCUGGCGUGCUUCAUCGCCAUGUUUGCCCAAAUCAGAUCCCUGGUGUUCAUGGGUGCUCUCACAGUGAUGGGCAGUGGCGUUGGAGCUUACAUAAUGAGCAUGGCUGUCCUGAGUCCAUGUCCACUGCUGGUGAACGAGGCCUCGGGUGCUGCUAUCAUAGUGUUGGCCUGGGUGGUCUUCAUCCUCUCUCUCUCCUACGUGAAGGUGAUCAUUGGGCUGAUCCUGCGAGACGAAGGCCACAGCGCCCUCGUGUGGUGUGGAGCUGUUGUGCAGUUGGGCUCCCUGCUGGGAGCCGUGACCAUGUUUCCUCUGGUCAGUGUGUACGGUUACUUCUCCUCAGGAGACCCGUGCAACACGAAAUGUCCCUGAAUGAACAAAGAGCUCAACAAGAGAGGAGUCUCCACAUCUUUCAGCCUUAUUUAUGGACAUUUAUCAGCCGAGUAAUUUCAAGCUGUCUGACCUUGUCUGCAGGGAAACUGCUGGGACUUAGAAAUGUAGUCUUGAAUUUGUGAAUUAUUUCUGGGAAUUAAUAAGGUAGGCCUAAAUUAGUAAAGUAAUCCUAGGAAUUAGUAAAGUAGUCCCGAAAAUUAGUUAAGUAAUCCCAGGAAUUAGUAAAGUAGUCCUGAAUUAGUAAAGUAAUCCUGGGAAUUAGUAAGGUGGCCCUAAGUUAGUAAAAUAAUCCUAAGAAUUUGUAAAUUAGUCCUGGGAAUUAGUAAAGUAAUCCCAGGAAUUAGAAAAGUAGUCCUGGGAAUUAGUAAAAUAGGCCUAGGAAUUAGUUAAGUAACCCUAGGAAUUAAAAAAGUAGUCCUGGGAAUUAGUAAAGUCCAUCAAUCCAUCCAUUUUCUUCCGCUUAUCCGGAGUUGGGUCGCGGGGGCA